GAGCGUUCCUGUUAAGAGUGUUCCCGUACAGACAUGACCACACAGUACGGUAUUCUCUUCAAGCAAGAACAAGCUCAUGAUGAUGCCAUUUGGUCAGUUGCCUGGGGAAAAAAUAAAAAAGAUGGUUCUGAAACAGUGAUCUCUGGUUCUUUGGAUGAUCUAGUUAAGGUCUGGAAGUGGAAUGAUGAAAAAUUGGAUCUACAGUGGACUCUGGAGGGUCACCAGCUGGGCGUGGUAUCUGUGGAUAUCAGCCACACAGGCUCCAUUGCAGCAUCCAGCUCCCUAGAUGCCCAUAUUCGCCUUUGGGAUUUAGAAACUGGCAAACAAAUCAAGUCAAUAGAUGCUGGCCCUGUUGAUGCUUGGUCCCUAGCUUUUUCACCUGAUUCCCAGUACCUUGCAACAGGAAGUCAUGUGGGAAAAGUAAAUAUUUUUGGAGUUGAAACUGGAAAAAAAGAAUAUUCUCUGGACACCAGAGGAAAGUUCAUCCUUAGCAUUGCAUAUAGUCCAGAUGGAAAAUACUUAGCCAGUGGAGCAAUAGAUGGCAUUAUCAAUAUUUUUGAUAUUGCAACUGGAAAACUUCUGCAUACGCUAGAAGGUCACGCAAUGCCUAUUCGUUCACUGACAUUUUCUCCAGAUUCUCAGUUACUCGUAACUGCUUCAGAUGAUGGCUAUAUCAAAAUCUACGAUGUGCAACACGCAAACUUGGCUGGCACAUUAAGUGGUCAUGGAUCCUGGGUAUUAAAUGUAGCUUUUUGUCCCGAUGAUACCCAUUUUGUUUCCAGUUCAUCUGAUAAAAGUGUGAAAGUUUGGGAUGCUGGAACAAGAACCUGUGUUCACACUUUCUUUGACCACCAAGAUCAGGUUUGGGGAGUGCAAUACAAUGAAAGUGGGUCCAAAAUCGUAUCUGUUGGAGAUGACCAAGAAAUUCAUAUUUAUGACUGUCCAGUUUAAAUGUCUUGACUCAGACCCUUUGGUUAACUCUUCUGGCAGUUUUUAGGACUACUACUUGUCCUUCUAUGUAAUUUUUUAAUAUGAUAAAAGCAUUUUAGUAAUGCUGAUCUGCAAAAUAAGGUAUGUUUAUAUAUAACUUUCAUUUUGUUUAGCAUGAGAAAAAGCUUUACUUUUUUAAAAAUAAAAGCUACAUAUGCAA